AGACGUUAAUUUGUCAAUAUUUGAGUGUAGUGAUGUUUGCACAAAGAACAGUAUCUAAUAAAUAUUUUACCAUUUUGUAACUGUCAAACUGUGUACUUAAUGUCAUAUUGCACGUAGAUACCAUUGAUAAUAAUUGAUAUUUUUAUCCUAUUUCAGCUUUCACUUCAUAUUGUUCAUCAUUUUGCCUGUAUUUAAUUUUUAAUUUGUCUAAAAUUAGAGAGAAAGCUCUUUAAACUUCUGCACUAGAUGGUGGAAUAAUUAUAGAUACAAAGUACCUAUAGGAUAUAGUUCAGAAAAAGACACUUCAAAUUUUUCAAAUAACUGCAUUAAAUCAAGUAUUGUUUUUAUCUGAGUAUCGUUUUUUACUUCAUGCCAUAUGCUAACCUUUAUAACUAAUUUUAACUCUGAUUCUAAACUUUCUAUAUUAUCUAACUUGUAAUGUUAAGUUGGUAAACAGAAUAGGUACGAUCAUAAGUGAACAAUCAUAUAAGUUUUUAAAAAUUAUAUAGUUGCCCUAGGUGUGGUAAUCUGGCUGAAAAAAAAAUACUGUAAAAAUCCAUAUUGUCUACCUUUAGAUCUAUGGUCUACUUAAAUGAUAAAUCAUGUGUACAAUAUACAUUUACAAAAGUUAUGAAAACCCGUUGUUGACUCUAUAAAUAUCUACUGGCUAAAACCUGGAGAUGCCAAUAAAUUGAAUUGUCUAGUAACCACGUAAUUAAUCAAAAAACAAAUACAAGUAAGUUCGAUGUAGAAAUCAAUAAACUCGAACGUUUUCAGCAUUUAAUCGCCGUAACUAGUACAAAGAGGAACCAGAGAAAAUACGAGUCUUUGUUUGGAACUAAAAUGAUUCAAAUUUCAAACGAACGAUCUUACUUGUGGUUGGAAUAAGAGUGUGGAGGACAAACCGUCCCCGUGUGACAAGUGCGACAAGGCUUUUAGUCAAAUUAUGAUUUAACGAAGCAUCAUCGAAAAUAUACGGAAUUAAAUUCAUUUCACUGCGACGCAUGCGACAAGUCAUUCAAGCGAUCGACACCUUGAUGGAACACCGGAGGCCGCACAGGGGUGAGAAAGCACACCUGUGUGAUGUUUGCGACCAUGGAUUCAAUUAUAAUAGCCAACUGAUGGAACACCGGCGAAUUCAUACGGGAGAGAAACCAUUUCCUUGCGACUCAUGCGACAAGUCGUUCAGUCGUAGCAGAUAUUUGACGGUACAUCGAAGGACACAUACGAGAGAGAAACCUUUUCCCUGCGACGUAUGCGUCAAGUCUUUCAGGCGAAGCGACACCUUGAUGGAACACCGGCGGAUUCAUACGGGAGAGAAACCAUUUCUCUGCGAUGUAUGCGACAAGUCGUUUAGGCGAAGCACCGAUUUGAUGGUACAUCGGCGGACACAUACAGGCGAAAAACCCUUUUCUUGUGGCGUAUGCGACAAGUCGUUCAGUUAUAGAGGCAAUUUGAUGGUACAUCGACGGACACAUACGGGAGAGAAACCAUUUCCCUGCGAUGUAUGCGACAAGUCGUUCAGUCGAAGCACCGAUUUAAUGGUACAUCGGCGGACACAUACAGGCGAAAAACCGUUUCCUUGUGACGUAUGCGACAAGUCAUUCAGUCAAAGCAGCAACUUGAUGGUACAUCGGCGGAAACAUACGCGCAAGUAGCGGUUUCCCUAUGACAUGUGAUACAAGUCUUCCAACCAAAACUGUAUUUUGACAAAACUUCACCGAAAGCAUCGGGCUGGAUUUCACAGAACACAGUUCAGAGUAUUUCAUAAUUAGUUAAUUUGUUAAUUUAUUUGUAUGUAGCGAGCUGUGACUAUGUUUUACAUAUUAUAAAUAAUCAUUCCAGUAAAUCCCUCCAGUAGUUCUAAAUAUACAGCAGAAACACGAUAUGCUGAAGGAGGCCUACGACGCAUCUAUUGCGCGUGACCUCGAAACGUAUAUAGAUGACAACGACCAGAUAAGCAAGGGACAUCCGGCGUGUGCAGCGCGUGGCUGACCACGGUAUGACCUUAUAUGGUAAAGUAGUAAGAUAAUAGGCAGGGAUAUGAUCCAAGUAUAGCCAUCAUAAUACGUCGCACGAAUAGACUUCGGGAGACGGACCAGCAACACCGAGCUAGAUGAACUAGACGGACCAACAACACCGAGCUAGCCGGACUAACACCACCGAGCUAGACGGACCAACGACACUGAACUAGACGGACCAACGACACUGAACUAGGCGAAUCAACACCAACGACAAGCUAGGAGCUAGGAUAUUAAAGUCACAUCUCGCUAGUCUUCA